AUGAACAAGCCACAUAGUACGUGGCAAGCAGAACACUUGAACAAGCGAUAUAGUACGUGGCGUGCAGAACAAAUAAACAAGCCUGAUAGUACUUGGCGAGCAGAACACAUGAACAAGCCAGAUAAUAUGUUGCACGCAGAACAUAUGAGCAAGCCAGAUAUUACGUGGCGAGCAGAACAGAUGAACAAGCCAGAUAAUAUGUGGCGAGCAGAACAUAUGAGCAUGCCAGAUAGUACCUGGCGAUCAGUACACAUGAACAAGAUAGAUAGUAUGUGGCGAGCAGAAUACAUGAACAAGCCAGAUAGUAUGUAG